GUUCGUGAAACACUUACGCCUUCCCCCUAGCCAACCUUUGAUACAGCGACUUCUCUCGCUGUGUUGAAGUCAUUCCUGCCCAUUCUAUUCUUAGAUCCCUCUCCCUUUCUCAUACAACCUGUCUUCCACACCGUCCUCGUUGUCAUCUCUCAUGAUGAACAGUGAAAUCUAUGGCCGACGCAUCUCUCUCCUCCUUUCCCUUUGAAUCCGACAGACAAUGUGUGUUCUUUCUCUCUCUUUCUCUCUCACUAUAUAUACAAUCAAUUAGCUCACUGAGAUUGGUAUAAUCCUCUAUACUGACAUGGGGAUCUGCAAGUCGUGCGAUGCGACGGGAGUGGCGGAGCCGGCGACGGCAAAGCUGGUGCUACAGGACGGGAAGCUACAGGAGUUUGAAAGGCCGGUGAAGGUGUCCCACCUGCUACAGAAGGACCCGACGUGCUUCGUGUGUGACUCCGACGGCAUGGUGUUCGACGGGUUAGUGAUGGCCGUGGAUGCCGACGACGAGCUGCAGCCCGGGCAGCUCUACUUCCUCCUCCCUGUCUCCAUGCUCCGGCGACCUCUCCACGCGGAAGAGAUGGCGGCGCUCGCAGUGAAGGCUAGCGCCGCCCUCGGGGCCGCUCGUGGUGCCUGCAGCCGCCACAGUAGAUCUGUGGCUCCUCUAACCUUCCACCCGGCAAUGCCCGCGGCUGCCGGCGGCGGUGCAAGUGGGAUGAUGGGAGGAGGGAAGAGUAGAGUAAAUUGUAAGAGGAGAGGUGGCAAGGGACGGGAUUUUGCGUCCAAGUUGAGUGCGAUCUCAGAGUAGAAGACAUGUACCGCAGCGAAAGAGAUUGAACAUGAACAUGAGACUACAAAAACCGAGCAUGCACGAGUGUUAGCAGUCGUAUAACAUCUAGUCGAUGGGGCUUAUGUGACAUCCGAUUACAGAGUAUCCGAACCUGAUUCAUGCGAAUGGGAUUCGAUCAAUAUAUAUAUCUAAUCAUGAGAAUAUUUCCGAUAGACUUUCAGUAUUCAACAUGAAACAUAAAUCUGAAUUCCCAAAAACAGUAGAUCUGUUGUCAUAUCUAAUGCUAUAUUGAGCUUUCUAUAGGCCUAUAAUCAAUCGGGCCCGACGCAAAGCCCGUACGGCGGAACGAGGUGGCGAUGAGCUACCUCGGGUAAGCCCGGGCGGCGACGCCUUGUAAGUCCCUCGUGACACACAGCGGCUCCGACAUUUCCAAUCAGACUCAGCCAAUUAGAACUUCUGACUCACAAGUCUCCUCGGCUCAUCUAAUUCCUUAGUAUUAUCUUUGUUUGUAGUUGAGAAAGAGAGAGAGAGAGAGAG